GGGCUAUUGUAUCACCUCUUAAUCUUCUUUUCUCCAAGCUAAAUGUUAGAAAGCUUUUUUAUUUCUGUCUGUGCAUGCACACAACUGUUGGAAACCCUGUCCCCCCCCCCAAACAUUAGCUCUUUCUCAGGUUAGGCAAAAACAAGAGUUACUUUGCUAUGAAUAAAAUACAUCAAUUUAUGACAAUAGAAUAUGAUUCUAGACAGCACAACUGCAGUUGAAAAUGUUUUAGGAAGAGCGGUGUGAGUCAGUCUCUAUUUUGGAGACGAAACUAAUUGAAACUGAAAACGACUGAACAACUAAACUGAAGAUGCUGCAAACAAUUAUACUGGAUACUUAAAUAUCUCUAUGUGAAAGUCAUUUUAAACUUGUGGCACUAAUUCUGAUACAUAUUCUUGUAACAGAAUCCUGGGUUCAGCAGAUAUUAAUGAUUUUUUUUUGUGGGUUUCUUUUUUUGUGUUGUGUGGUUAGGAGGUUUGGAUCGAUUUAUUGAAAACAAGAUAUUGGCUUCUUUGGGCAAUGUGAAGUGGUUUAUAUGAAGAUUUUGUCCUGUUAUUUUUGUGUGUGUAUAUUGAUCAUCAUCACACUGCUUUAAAUAAACCACUCUGAGGAUUGUGAAAUUGAAGGCUUUCAUGGCCGGCAUCCACUCUGAAGAUUCUUUUUGCUAAGAAGUUGUUAAAGUUUAAGUUUUGUAUUGGCAGCAUUUUACAGUGAGAAUGAAAUGCGUUACCUGUAUUGCAAGAAUCGCUGAGCUACAAUACAGUAUGCUGUAAAUCAAAAGGAUUUAAAAGGUUUAAAACCACGUGUUUGCUUGUUUUGAAAUAAGUCGCUAGUCUCCAAAGUCUUUAAUAAAAAGCACUUUUUAAUGUGGUGCCAGAAUGAAAUCGGUAUCAGUGUGUAUUAGACCUCCAAUCUCCAAAGGUGCUGUGCUUUGUCUUCCUGCAAUGCGUGGGUUUCCAUGGUCGAACAGGGAUUCGAACCCUAGUCUCCAGGAUAAAUGUCCUACAUUCAAAUAUCUACACCAUUCUGACUCUCCUGUCCUUUGUCUUAGGUCUCCUUUAUCCAGUGGAUAUGAAAGAAAUAAAUCCUGAAGUUCUAGAAAGAACAUCUCUGGUGUACCAUACUAAACUAUUAGAGGAAUUGUCUUUAGCUCCUGAACUUUUCUCUGUUCCAGGAAGAGAGAAAGUUCAACUUGAGGCUUCCUUGAUGCAUUUCCUCCCUCUGUACAGAGAAGACAGUAAAUGUAAGAUUCUGGUUUUGACUGAUCCACAAGACAAGAAUGCAGUUUUAGCACUGUAUUUGCACAGUUCCUGGUGGCCUAUUGAAGAUGUAGUGAAGACUACUGAUCCUUUCCGAGAAGGUCUGAUACAGGUCCAGACAUUCACAGAAAGAAUUGUCCUCUUUGUGCUUAACUGCAUCAUUUUUGGAAUGCUAGAAAGGAGUUUGACUCAUGAUAUACUCUUUGUGCCUCAUUCCAAGAAGGAGCGUGCCAAAAUAUUUUGGACGAAAGGAGAGGCGGUUGCCUUCUACACCAUCAAAGCAAAAGGAAGCCUGUGUGAUGGACUCACCAGCCAAUGCUACUUGCUCCCAGUUUUGGACACCAUGUUUGUCCGACAAAAGUUUAGAAGAUGCGGACUUGGUCUGAAAAUGCUUCAUGACUUUUGUCAGAUGUUUGCAACUGAGGAGGCUUUGGGACUCAGUUGUCCUGUUUCUGCAGACAUGUAUCGAGUUUGUCAAAAGUUCUUGGAGAUCCAUCCAGAAGAACAGUCUCGACUGUGGGAAGUGGAGGCACCAGGGGACUGGAGCCAGCGUGUUAGUAUCUGGCUAAAGAUCCAGCUGGAACGAAACCUUCCAAGAGAGGUGGAUUCGGGCAGCCCUGGGGAGAAGGUUGAAGAUGAUGAACCUGUGCAGUCAGAUGAAACACACAUGAAUAAGAUGGCCACAUUCCUAAAAGUACGGCAUCACCAGGUCUUAAUAUUUCGACAAAGGAAUGUAACUGUGAACCAGAAGAUGCAUUCAACCUUUGGCCUCAUGAUGAAGAACACGUUGUUCAACAUACUGCUGAAACACAGCAAAGUAAGGGAUCAAAGAAAAGGGCAAGUUGUGGAGAACCAUAUGAAGGCACCAUUCCUAAGCAUUUCAAAGGACUGCCUUAACUUUGUAAUGUGGCAGAAAUAAAAUAAGAACAAGAUGUGAAUGGAUGUGGAAUAAUAAGCUUUGAGCAUUGACCACCCAGCCAUAAGGUCCCUAAUUCAAAUCUUCGCUCAGUCAUGGAUUUAUUUAAGUGUCUCUACUGUUGCGUAGUAGUUUGAGUAUUGGACUAUGACUCUGGAGAUUGGAGUUCAAUUCCCGGCUCAGCCAUGAAACCCAUUGGGUGACCCUGGGCAAGUCACAUGCUCUCAGCCUCAGGGGAAGACAGUGGCAAACCUCUUCUAAAUAAAUCUUGCCAAGAAAACCCUGUUAGGGUCACACUAAGUAAGAAAUGACUUGUAGCUCACAACAACAAACUCUUCUUUUAACCUGGCGUCAUACAACCACAAACCAUGGUUCUUUUUCAAAAUACAGAUUGUGUUUUCUGGGUGAAAAUUGGUGUGCAUAUUUUGCUAUUUUGUGUACGUGAAGCUUAAAUUUAAUAAUUUGUUUUUUAUUUAUUUAUAUACCGCUAUUCCAAAGAUCAUAGCGGUGAACAGCAACUAAGCUAAUUAGCAAGUAAGC